AUGUUUGAAAAGUCUCUGACAGACCUUAUUCGAGGCAUAAGAGCAAACAAGAAAAAUGAGCAAAAAUAUAUUGCUGUGUGUUUACAAGAGAUACGAAAUGAAGUGAAAUCAAAUGACUUGGACAUAAAAUCUACUGCUAUUGCUAAGCUUGCUUAUCUGCAAAUGCUCGGUUAUGACAUGUCAUGGGCAUCUUUUCACAUUGUAGAAGUCAUGUCGAGUGCUAAAUUUGCUCAUAAACAAACAGGUUAUUUGGCAGCUACUCUAUCGUUUCAGCAAGACACGGAUGUGCUCAUGCUUACAACUAAUUUGAUUAAAAAAGAUUUGGCAUCUCCUGCUGUGGUUGACAUUAGUGUUGCCCUUAACGGUUUAUCUCAUAUUGCAACACCUGACUUGGCUAGAGACCUUUCUCCUGAUUUGGUAUCCAUGCUCAAUCAUUCACGACCUUAUAUUCGUAAAAGAGUUAUUCUAGUUCUCUACAAGAUAUUCUUAAAGUAUCCUGAAGCCUUACGAUUGAGUUUCCCUCGCUUAAAGGAAAAGCUGGAAGAUCCUGAUCCAUCUGUUGUCUCAGCUGUCGUUAGUGUUGUAUGUGAACUAGCAAGAAAGAACCCCAAGAAUUAUUUGUCACUUGCACCUCAGCUAUUCAAGAUUCUGACAACUUCUACCAACAACUGGAUGCUCAUCAAAAUCAUUAAACUGUUUGCUUCCUUGACACCGCUCGAGCCAAGAUUGAUUAAAAAACUACUUCCACCACUGACAUCGCUUAUUCAAACAACACCUGCCAUGUCAUUGCUUUAUGAAUGCAUCUAUACUGUUAUCACCGGUGGUUUCCUUGAAGCUGCUGGUGAGGCGGGUAAUGCAUUAGCUGCUACUUGUACAAACAAGCUAAGGAAAUUUUUAGAAGAUCCUGAUCAAAACUUAAAGUAUGUUGGGCUAUUGGCCAUGGGAAGACUAUUAGCAACUCAUCCAAAACUAGUGGCCGAACAUAGAGACAUCAUUUUAGAGUGUAUUGACGAUGAAGAUCUCAGUAUUCGCAUACGAGCACUUGACCUUGUUGUUGGCAUGGUGAAUCGUAAGAAUAUCAUGGACAUUGUAAAAAAGUUGAUAUCGCAUAUUAUGCCUAAAAAAACAGAAUCGAUCUCAUUGCAUGACUCUUCUGCCAUCUUUGAUCCAAUGUAUCGUAUGGAUAUCAUCAACCGAAUCGUAUUCAUGUGCUCUCAGAAUCACUACCACAAUCUGAAUGACUUUGAAUGGUAUAUCUCAGUUCUUGUUGAUAUUGCUUAUUCAGCAGGUGUGAACGUGGGUGAACUGUUGACAAAUCAAUUGAUGGAUGUUAGUGUUCGUGUAAAGAGUGUCCGGGAUUAUUCUGUUAAACAAAUGUACAAUUUACUGCAAGAUAAACACUUUUUGGAAACUGCCAAGAAGAGAGAUUCUAAUAUCGAUAUAUUAUCUGCAGCCGCUUGGAUCUGUGGUGAAUACUGCAAUUACCUAGAGGACAUUCCGUCUACGCUCGAAUGUCUUUUAUCGCCACAAGCAGCUAAUCUGCCCGUGAAAGUUCAGACAGUCUAUGUACAUAGUGUUAUCAAGAUAUACGCAUACUGGACAACCGAUUUGAUAUCACAAUGGAAUGCCGAGCUUCAAAGCGAGUUUGUCAAAGUGACGCAGAUUAUGUAUGAAAAGAUGGACAUGUUUAUCUACAGUGCCGAUCUUGAGGUACAAGAAAGAGCUCAUGAUGUAAAAUCAUUGUUCAAGAUCGUCUUGGAUGCAACAAGUGACCCCACCUUAGAAGACGCUCCACUUGUUUUGCAGGACCUCCCCAAGCUCUUCUUCCUAUAUGAAUUGAACCCUGUUGCUCCCAAGGCACAGUCAAAGGUUCCUGUUCCUGAGGGUUUGGAUUUGGAUGCGUGGAUCAAUGAACCUUUGCCUGAUUUAGUGCAAGAUGCUGAGUCAGAUGGCUCGUUUGAGGAAGCACCCAAGUAUGAAAAGGUUGGUAAAAGCUCAAGAAAGAAGAAAUCCAAGUCAAAGGGUUACGAAAGUAGUGAGGAUGAGGCUGAAAAAGAGAGAGUAAGUUAUGAAAAAAAAAGAACUAUGGAUUCAAUUUGA